CCUGUCCAAAGGUGGCGGUUCCUCCUGCAUGCAAGCGGAUUUUGUGGUGGAGAAGGAAGAAACAAAGAAAAGACUGUCUGCGUGCCACGAGCACCCGGCCCCAACAGGAAAGACCACAGCUCCCAAAGCAGCCAGCCAAACCAGCUGCUUGCCUGCUUACAACUCCAUUAUCACUCGUUCACUAACUCAUCUGUUCCAGCAGUACACAGCUUCGACAACACACACAGCCACAGAUAGAUGAUGAAGCGUUGCAGCCGCAUCUUUUCGCCGCUCGCGGCUCUUGCCCUGCUCCUACUCCUCGUCUGCUUCUUCCACUGCGCGGCCGCGGCUCGGCUCCUCCCUGCUGUUCCUCCUCUUGAUAACCAAGAGAAUAAUGGUGUCAAGGCUGGUGCUGCAGAUGGCCUAGUGCUUCAUGGCAACGAGCUUUCAGUCUCGGAGAUGAUGGGAGUAGAGGAGGAGGAGCCGGCGUGUGACGAGGGCAACGACGAGUGCAUGCAGAGGCGGCUGCUCCGGGACGCGCACCUCGACUACAUCUACACCCAGCACAAGGGCAAGCCGUAAGGAGAGGACUGAGGACCUGCAUAUCUUGAUCCCAGAUCUACCUGCCGGCUGCCCGCUAGCUUGAUUCUGUCACUAAUUAACAUUAGUGACCCAACUAGGAGUACAUGCAUGUGUGUCAUCUGUCUGUACAUCUCCAAGUCUUGUAAUACAUGGUAAUUUGUCUAGUUGCCUACCUGUGAAGCUGCGGCCCCUGUCUGAACUCUGAAAGUAAUACUAUGUUUGUACGUCCAUGCAAGCCCAUUAUCUACAAAAUUUUCAACUUUCA